AUGGAACAAUUUCAAAAAGUUUAUGAUAAAUUUAAUGAAGAUUAUCAAACAUUAUCUGAGCUAUAUAAAAGAACAUCCUUGGAAAUGAAAGACUAUGAAGAAUUAUCUACAACACUAAAAAUAUUAACAGAAUAUACCAAUGAAUCUAAUGAAAAUACUGAAAUAAAAAUGCAAAUGAAUUUAAAUGAGUAUAUCUUUGCAGAUGUUAAAUUAAGAGAAAAUAACAAAGUUUUAGUAAAAAUGAUAGAAAAUAUUUAUGCUGAAUUAACCUAUGAAAGAGCCUUAAUUUUUAUUGAAGAAAAAAUUGCAAUUUUAGUUAAAAAUUUGGAAAAUUAUAAAAAACAAAUGGCAAAAUUAAAAGCUCAUAUGGAUAUAUUUGUACUUUUAAAAUAUGAAUACAAUGAUUCUAAUGUAUAA